AUGCGAUCAAAAGCGGAUUGGAUUGAGCUUACAAGACAGACAAUAGGCGGAUUGGAUGAAAGUGUUAUAGCCAUUAUUAAUGUUAUCCAUACGUUUAUAACAACCAUUGAUCACGAGACGAUCUAUUCGAAUAUACCGAGAACGAAAGGAAUUGUGUUAUCGGGUAAACCAGGAACGGGCAAGACAGCUCUUGCUUUGCGAAUAGCUGAGACUUCAGAAUUACCAUAUUAUGUUGUCAACUGUCCUGAUUUAUUCAGAGUUGAAGAAGGGGCUGCUGAGAAGCAUCUAAUAUCAAAGUUCGCAAAUGCUCUACAAAAUCGCGUAUCCAUCCUCAUUAUGGACGAAAUUGAUAUCAUAGCUGAUCGAUCAGUAUGUCGACGACCAGACAUGGAGGCUAAGCUAUAUUCCAUUCUCAUUAAAAUGAUCGAUUCAUUGAAUGAUACUACGAGUGACGGUCGAUUAUCAAAUCAAGUAUUUAUAAUAGGACUGACCAACAGGAUUAAUGUGAUCAGUGAAAGUCUUUUGCGUUCUGGGAGACUGGAUCGUGUCUUUAAUCUCGUGAUUAGAACGCCAGAACAGAGACUAAGGAUCCUCGAAAUAAUGACCAAGAAGAUUCCAAUGGAGCAUCGUGAAUCAACUUUAUCACAUGUCAGUCGAAUAACUCAUGGAUUCGUUGCUACUGACUUGGGAUAUCUUUGUUCACAAGUUGUUAUGCAACUAGUCAACGAUGCAGCGGGCUCGUCUAAUCCAGGAGAGGUAUUUGCAACAGAAGACCAUUUUUAUGGUUUGCUUCAAUCAAUAAAGCCAUCAGGUAUAAAUGAAUUUCAAACAAAGAUUCCAUUAAUUCGCUUCUCGGAUAUUUAUGGUCUUGAUGACGUCAUCGAAGAAUUGAAGACGUCGAUAAUCGAACCCUUUAAUAACCCGAAUGAAUUUAUUAGACUUGGCAUAUUACCACCGCGCGGAAUAUUAAUUUAUGGCCCCCCAGGGGUGGGCAAGACUAUGUUAUGUUGUGCAAUAGCUAUUGAAGCGGGAAUCAAUUAUAUGCUAGUCGAGAGCAAAACCAUUAUUUGGAUCGAGAUUUCUGAGCCAAGACAAGAAGCAAGCUUUGCUCUGUUACCGAUGGGUAAUUUUGAUGACUUUUAUGAUGAUCAGAUCAAAGGAACCAUUCUUUACACCCAAACAAACUCUAUUCACUUUUUAAAAACGGAGUUACAAAACCAGAGGAUUGUCGGUGAAUCAGAGAAAAAUAUAUGUAAUACGUUUGCACAAGCGAAGUCUUUAUCACCGUGUAUCUUAUUUAUUGAUCAGAUUGACGUCAUUGCACCAUCCCGUGGACCGAGACUAACAUCAGAGAACACAAGUGACCGAACAGUAACUUGUCUACUGACUGAAAUGGAUGGCAUUUUUUCAACUAGUCAACCAAGCAAUACAACCAUUGAUGUGCUUGUGAUUGCUGGUAAGAAACGGAAAAUUCAAAAUUCUGAAAAAGGUUCUAAACUAACUGAAUUUAGUAAACUCGAAUUAAUCACUUACGCAGUUGCUUUAUAUAUAGUUACUAAUCGACCACAUAUCUUGGAUCAUGCAAUAUUAAGGCCUGGUCGCUUAGAUCAACACGUAUACAUUGCUCCUCCAGACAUAGAGCAACGUCGAGCAAUAUUCGCAGGAAAGUUCAAGACGACUCCUGCUUCAAUCUCAGACGAACAGAUGACUAGUUUAAUAGAGUCUACUCAAGGAUAUUCAGGUUUAAAUAUGGCUCGUGACACAGUUAUCCCAAAUGCCAACAUUCCGUUAACAUUUUUGCUUCACGCAGGUGCUGAUAUAGACAAUAUCUGUCGCGAGGCUGCUUUGAUAAGUCUAAAAGAGAAUAUCGAUGCAGAAUAUAUUACGUACGCACACUUGGAGAUGGCGCGUAAUUCGUGUAAACCCUCUUUGUUAGGCUAUCGAGAAGUACAUCCAUAUAACUGA